UCUUUUCCCAUCAUUGGCCUUCGACGUCUCAUUCAAACAUAAGUUCCCCCAGCUGGCAGCCAUGCUCUUUCUUCUUAUCUCCCUUGUCGGUCUCAAGUCCAUCAAUGCUGCAAAUUGCUGCGGUAACAUAGGAGCUUAUGAUGCCAAUACCCUAUGGAACUUAAGGGCAGACAUGUGUAACAAUGUUCUAUCUCAUGACAGUAACAGCGACGGUGGCCGUGAAGAUGCGACGUUCUGGCAGAAUGGUAACCUACGAAUUGAAUACGCUUUCGAAGCCUACGACACGACCAACCAAUUUGCCAACUGCUGGUCCGCCACACAGGAUUUGAUUCAGCAAUGUGCAUUGAAUGGUAACGGAGCUGGAUCUUGGGUCGAUGGCUCCGAAUCCUACUACUUCAGCGCUAGUGCAGGAAAUUAUGGCAAAAGGGAUGCCACAAAUUCGACCACGGACCCCGAAUCUCUCCCUCCCCUACCCCAGGCGUCAGGGUCCAUCGAUGAGCUCCAACUUCAAUCCGGUUCAUACAAUAUCAACGGAAUGGUAGCCAAUCUUCAAAUUCAAGGUGUGGUCCUGAAUGGAUCAUCCGCCACGUUGUUGUCAAAACGAGACGAUGUGUACAACUCAACCCAAGGACCUGGUGUCAACUUGACCCAGACAUACUCGCAGUCUGUGAAUCUGACGGCCUUUAUCAUUCAAAGUGUUCAAGCCGCUAUCCAGCAGCAGGCAGCCACACAGACUAGUGGUCAGAAUGGGACACAGGGAUCGAGGAAACGCGCUCAAGAGUGCUCAGUGUCAGCCGAUGACUAUGUGCUUGUUGACGGAGGCUACUGGCAGAAGCCUUGGACUCUGGCCUCUGGCUGCCUGUACUGUGGAGCUGGAAACUCUUGCAAUCAGAAAACGGCCACGGCGCUCACGUAUGGAUGGUCCUUCUCUGUGGGACUUUCAGGAUCCGCUCAAGGCGAAGUUGCACAAGCCGCUAUCGAUGUCGGAUUCUCGUUUUCCAGGUCUGUGACAACCUCCACAGCCAUUCAAUGUGAUUGGACAGAAGGAACUUGCCACACCUACUGGAUUCAACAACCUAUGACCUGGACUAGAGGCUUCCACAUCAACACGCAAUACGAGGGUGGCUCUCAGUAUGCCGUCACCUUGCAGCUGGUACACGGUGAUGCGCCAAACGAUGACGGACUGAGUGUUGGAUGUGGCAGUGGAUGCUGCGCAGAUGGAGCUAGCGCGGUUUGCGGAAACCCGUCGUUCUGCCAAUGGGCAAGACAAGACAAUGAUGUAGAAUGGUACGGAGUUUGCAAUAACUGGGAUCAGAGACCUCCCUGUCAGUAG